CAAAUGAAAUAAGUAAGACAAAAACAUCAACAUAAUAUGUCAAAAAUAACAAUCGACAAAACUAACCAAUAAAAUUGUGACAACUAAUAAUUUAAAAUAAUUAAUUAAAUGCUUUAUUUAUCCACUAAUCCACUUUAUCGGCAACAAUUAGAAGAGAAGAAGAAAUAAUAGUUCUUGUGCUUGCUUGGUUAUAAAAUAAUUAUACAAUUAGCUUAAAUGAUACAAUAUUGAAGAAUAUUAACAGUUUAAUAUGAAUUCCACCCUAUUUGAUGUAUUUAGGACAGCAGCUUUGCUAGUUCUCACACCAAAAUGUUUUGAUAAUUACUUUUUAGAAUUCAACUAUUUAGACGGGCCAUGUUUUUUUGCAACAUUGAGCAAAGGUCUAGGAUUUGGAAUCAUUUUGGGAUCCCUGACAGUUAAAGUUCCUCAAAUUCUCAAAAUCCUCAACAACAAGAGUGGAGAAGGCAUCAACAUACUAAGUGUGACCCUCGAUUUGAGUGCCAUAACAAUUUAUAUGGCAUACAGUUUUGUGAAAGGUUUUCCUUUCAGUGCUUGGGGAGAUGCAAGCUUUUUAGCUAUACAGACUGUCUUAAUUGGAUACUUGGUAUUAUAUUAUCAAGGAGCUAUAACCAAAGCAAUCACGUAUCUCUUAGUAUAUGUAACCGUAUGCUAUGUUAUGAUGUUCGGAAUGACACCGCUGGAAUUCUUGUGGUCUCUUCAAACCUUCAACAUAUUUUUAGUGGUGGUUGGUAAGCUGAUGCAAGCUUACACCAAUCUACAAAAUGGACACACAGGUCAGCUAUCAGCAGCCACGUUGAUUAUGCUGCUAGCGGGAUCUUUAGCCAGAAUCUUCACUUCCAUGCAAGAGACUGGAGAUAGUGUAGUAAUUUUAACUUAUAUAGCUAGUAGUUUAUCUAAUGCUGUUCUAGUAGUACAAUUAUUGUACUACUGGAAUGUCGAUCCCAAGAAGAAGGUAGAAUAAAUUAUUCCUUUUAGCAAAUUAAAAAAAGUGUGAACUUUUUCUUCCAAAGAGGAAGUUUUACUGUACAAGACUUGUAGACGUACUGAGAUAACUAAGUUAAAUAAUGUAGCAAGUGGUUCUUUUUUAAUUUGUAUCAUUUUGAAGAUGUUUCUAUUUUAAAUUUGUAUAUUUAUUGUGUGCUGGCUGGUUUAAUUAUAUAUGAAAUCUAAUUUA